AUGUACAAUCGGUAUGCUGAGUCGGCGAGAGUUAACUGGACGCUGAACUUUGCGGCGAGCGACCCACAACACAAAGCCGAGUGGAUGGAGCUCAUGACACCGAAGAGCGUUGGCUUGAUACUGCGAAGCAUCAAAACAGACUACAAGGUGACCGUACUGCACAAGCUUCGAGACAAACCGACACAAGACACCGAUCACUUCAUCUUGGACGUACUAAUCCUCUCAGAGGCCCAGCGUCGACCAGCAGCGCGAUGCACCGAAGACAUUGUCGUGUACGACUAUCGAACAGCGAAGAAGUCCCCACUGCCGUCUUUUAUGAUCCAGAAGUUCCAAGAUACAUUCAACCUACAGGAACAAGCGAAAGACAAGAACAGCAUUAGGGUCAGAGGGCUAUUGGAUCGAGUUAGGGAAUUAGAGAAGGGUAGCUGGGAUAGACCGGAUGCUAAAGAAGACUUUGGUAGCGCGGCUCCGUAG